UCUCUACUGCCUCCAAGUGGCAGAAAUACUAAGCUGUACCAGCUGGUCCCGCAAGGAACUCCAAGUAACUUCCUUUUCGCUCAUCAAAACGAUAACAGACACGUAUGGAAGAGGAUGAAAUAACCAUUUAGUUUUUCUUCUGAGUGUCAGCGCGUGGGUUGAGAGCGCUCAAACGGUGUCCACGGGAACCGCGUUGUUUCGGGCUGGCAACCGUCCACCACCGUGCUGCGCUCCUGUUGCCCGCCUCCUGCUUGCUCACUUGACGGCGCCUGCACCGAGGAGGACACCAGCGGGGACUAUGUGAGCAUCAUGCGUCCUGUCAGAUGGCUGCUGUUCGCCGCAGUGUAUGCGCGGUGCUCCGUGUCGGGUGUGAGGGAGGGCUGGCAGCCCCCCACUGAAGUUCUCGUGCAGCCCAAAAGGCUCCUGCAGCAGAUCCACUCCCAGGACGAGCUGCUCCACAGCCACCUCGACACCCGCGUCCAAAACUCCUCGACGAGGGCGCUGCCCGUGCAUCUGGCCCAGAGUAGCUUCCUGGUGGAGGCCUUUGGCAGCUCGUUUAUCCUCGACUUGGAACUCAACCAUCACCUCCUGUCGACGGACUAUGUGGAGAGAGACUUUGAAGAGGACGGGCAACCGUCGCAGAUGAAGGGAGGCGAACACUGUUACUACCACGGGCGUUUGCGAGGGCUGCCCCGAUCUUGGGUGGCUGUGUCCACCUGCCGCGGCCUGUGGGGGAUGUUCUCCGACGGGAACGUCUCCUACGGGAUCGAACCGGCGGGCGGUGGCGAGGCGGACCAUGUCGUGUAUCACAUGCCUCGCAUCGACCUCCUCCCGUUUCCACCUCCAGACGGGAAGAGGCGGGAUGGAGACGACUGGUCUGCCCUGGAGGCGAGGAAGAGGCUUGCCAACAGCUUGAGACGAUCAAAACGACAAGUGCGCCGGGGUCAACGCACAGUGCAGACCGAGACCAAAUACAUCGAACUGAUGGUCGUAAAUGACCAUGAACUGUUCGUCCAACAGCGUCGCUCGACCUUUAAGACAAAGAACUUUGCCAAAGCGGUGGUGAACAUGGCGGAUGCGAUCUAUAAGGAUCAGCUCAACACGCGCAUCGUCCUGGUCGCCAUGGAAACGUGGUCGUCGGAAAACCGCAUCGCGGUGGGCGACGACGCCCUGCUGACCCUGCGCGACUUCAUGAAGUACCGCAAGGCCAGCAUUCGCGAGCGUUGCGACGCCGUGCACCUCCUCUCCGGGAGGACGUUCAUGAGCAGCCGCAGCGAGGCCGCCUACAUCGGCGGAAUCUGCUCGCUCAACAGAGGUGGUGGCAUCAAUGAGUAUGGCGCCAUGGGCCCGGUGGCCAUCACGCUGUGCCAAAGCCUGGGCCAGAACAUCGGAAUGCUGAGGAAUAAGGACAGACCUGCUGCAGGAGACUGCAGGUGUCCAGACCCGUGGCUGGGAUGCAUCAUGGAGGACACUGGCUACUACCUCCCCAGGAAGUUCUCUCGCUGCAGCGUGGACGAGUAUCUCCGCUUUCUACAGCAAGGCGGCGGCAGCUGCUUGUUCAACAAGCCCAGCAAGCUGCUGGACCCGCCCGAGUGCGGCAACGGAUACGUGGAGCUGGGUGAGGAGUGCGACUGUGGCACACUCGUGGAGUGCACCCGCAACGGGGCAAACUGCUGCAAGAAGUGCACACUGACCCACAAUGCCAUGUGCAGCAACGGCCUCUGCUGCAAGGACUGCAAGUACGAACUGAGAGGCGUGACGUGUCGCGAGGCCGUCAACGACUGUGACAUCCCAGAAACGUGCGUAGGGGACUCCGGCCAGUGCCCUCACAAUGUCCAUAAACUGGACGGCUACACGUGCGAGGCCAGCCGGGGCCGCUGCUACGGAGGCCGCUGUAAGACCAGAGACAGCCAGUGCAGGAGCCUGUGGGGCUACAGCGCCGCUGACAGAUUUUGCUACGAAAAACUCAAUUCGGAGGGCACGGAGAAAGGGAACUGCGGUCCUGAGCCCGGCGGCCGGGGAUGGCUGAAUUGUAACAAACAGGACGUUCUAUGCGGUCUGCUGCUGUGCACCAACGUGAGCCAAAAGCCCAGCUUUGGCGAGCUGCAGGGCAAACUCACCGGUUUGACUAUCUAUCAUCACAACAGAUACUUUGACUGCAGGGGCGGUCACGCUGUGCUGGACGACGGCUUGGACUUGGGCUACGUGGAAGACGGGACACCGUGCGGGCCCGACAUGAUGUGCCUGGAACGCCGCUGCCUCCCGGUCACCAACUUCAAUCUCAGCAUGUGUCCCGGCUCGUCCGUGGCGCGCAUCUGCUCCCAUCACGGCACGUGCAGCAACGAGCUGAAGUGUAUCUGCGAUCGCGACUACACCGGCAAAGACUGCAGCGUGUUUGACCCCAUUCCCAUUCCCACGCCAGCCGAGGGCCUGGGGCAACAUAAAGGUCCGAGCGGUACCAACAUCAUCAUUGGCUCGGUGGCCGGUGCCAUCCUGGUGGCUGCCAUCGUCCUGGGAGGCACUGGAUGGGGAUUCAAAAACAUCCGGAGAGGAAGGUACGACCAGGCCUUUGAGUCCUGAACUUCAGAAUACAUACAUAUAAAAUUAUGUGCACACUCAUUAUCGUGGGUGAUUUUUUUUCUCAGUGAGCAUUUGUGGGUUAAAUAUUUGGGGGCUUUUUUUUUUCUUUUAUAUAACACAUCAGUUUGCUCACCUGAUGGACUUGACUGGGCUGCAAUUCUUGUAACAUUGACAACAUUCCAUAGCAAUGAAUCACAAUCUUAGCCGUCGUAUUUAUUUACAGAUUUCUUACAGAUAACUGCUUCUCCAUCCUUCUCUUUUCUUUUUCCAUCUCCUUCUGCUCUCUCUACCAACUCAGAUCUUCUGGAGUUUGAUCCACAUCCCAAACAAAAAUGUCUUUCCCUCGCUGCUUGCGGGACAUUUUGAGGCACCACCUCGCCUAUUGAGGGGCUCCAGGAGCCCUCAUGUCCCGCCAUCUCUCCCUCUUCUUUUCUUCUUUCAAGUGAUGUCACUGAGCUCGGCAUGACCGACAUGCUGCUGUUGAUGCUCCACCCUAUGCGCAUUUAACGGCAAUAGUAGCAAAAUAAAUUGCCUCAUUAGCCUCUCCUGUUCGCAUAUGUAAUACGCAUUCAGCUGUGUUUGACCUUUUUGUUCCUCUGAUAUUUUCUUUAUAUCCCCACUGUCCACUUCAAUAGAUAAAGUAGGUGCUCUUCCUCAUGAAGGGUCCAGCCCGUUUCAAAAUGGCCCAAUUGCAGGCUGCAUUGAUUUGAAUGAAAGAGUUGCAGCUAUUCACAGCCCAAAAGCAUGUUCUUGAUCAACAUGAUCUGCAUUGUCUUUAUUCAGCUGAAACUGCUAGUUUUUAAGGUUUUGUAUCCAAUAACAGGAUUCCGGCGGGUUUUGUUCCUCGUGCUGUAGGCUAUUCUGUUUUCGUCGU